UCAAAGCAAAACGAGUCAAUUUGAAAUUGUUUAAGUCGUUAGCACGCUUUAUUACACAAUUUAGAGAAUAAGAAAGUUCUAAACUUUCACUUACUAUGAAAGUAAAGAACACUUAGCGAUGAAUCACAAAACAGUUUGGCAACAAAACCAACUUUAAAUUUUAGCGGGCCGCACAGGAGAGUACGGCUCGCUAAAUCGACCAAUCACAGCGCGCUUACUAACUGAGAUAUAAUAAUCCUUAGUAGUACUAAAAUAGGCACGAAAUGCACACUACGGGGCAUAUUCAGUCAGAGUGACGCGUUUUGACCAAUCUCGCGCGAGCGAAAAUAUUGAUGGAUUACAAUGAAACCAUAAUAAGAAGUCUGAGAGGCUUUAAUCGCCUUCCCAGGUAAAUACGACCAAAGACAGUUAUCAUAUUGACUGUUAUAAAGCUAAAGCCAAUGCACUGUAGUCACUAGCCAGUCACAACGGAUAUAGACAAUCCAGUGUGCCAAUCAAAAAUCCAAGCAAAUACGUGUCACUUCUGAUUGGAUGAGAAAGUGGCGCCAGUUUUUUUAACCCAAUCAAUUGGCGAAGUAAUGCAAAAUCAAGGUAAAUGUGACUUACUUUCUAUACUCAAUGAAAACCGUUCCAUCUACACGCACAUUUUUUUUUUUUUAAUUUUAUAUCUCAUUAGGUUGAACAUGAUGCUGACAGUUCACUUCACCCUACUGGCAGUUCUGCAGUUACCCUGCACGUCCUACGCUACUUUAUAUGGCGGAUGCUGCUCAAAACCGGCUUCAUCAGGAAAAUCAUCUUGCGGAAGUUGCCGAGGUGGCCGUAUGCCUGGUUCCGCGGGACCACUCGGUAUGGGGUGUCCCGGUACUAGAGGGUGUGGCUGUGUGCCAGGAAUUCCAGGUACUCCAGGAACUCCUGGUCUUAUGGGACCAUCCGGUAAGGAGGGUCCCCGCGGGAAUGACGGUGCCAGAGGACCUGUCGGCCCGGUUGGUUCAAAAGGAGACAAGGGUGAGCCAGGGGCUCAAGGAGGUCUCGGCUCUUCAGGCAUCGGUAGCUGGAAACAGUGCGUGUUUAAAAAACUGAAUGAAGGAAAGGACAAUGGCUUAAUCAAGGAAUGUGUUUUUGAAAAAAGAUCCAAUGAUACUGGCUUGCGCGUGUUCUGGAAUGGCGCGCUUCGCAUCUACAACUGCAACUUUUGCUGUAAACGUUGGUACUUUACCUUUAAUGAUGCAGAAUGUUAUGCGCCCGAAGCCAUUGACGGUAUUGUCUUUAUGAAAACCGGUGGACGGCCAAACGAUGUCAAAAGUAUCCACCGCGUCCGCCAGAUUGAAGGAGUUUGUGAAACGGUCAGCAAGGGCACGGUACGCGUGGGAUUCUGGGUCGGAAACUGUGAUGGUUUCGGUGACGCUGACGCGUACACAGGAUGGAAGUCAGUGUCCCGCAUCUACGUGGAGGAGGUUCCGCCCCCGCAGCAUUAAACUUUUUAAUUUUGAUCUGGCCAGCUUGUGUAUUUUUUUCCGCGACAAGUUUUUUUAGGUUGAUUAAUUGAUUUUCAACAAUACCAAAUAUGUAAUUCAUACGUAGAACUGGACACUUCGCUGCAUUACAGUUGUAUAUCAUUACUUUCAGUUAUGAAAAUGAAAAAUGUCAACGCUAAGCUGUUAUUAUAGGCUCGAAAAUAAUUGAAGUAUGGUUGUUACCCAUCUUCUUAGGUUAGAUGUUUUAAUCACUAUUCUAGAAAAAAAAAUGGUCUUUAUGAACACUUUUACUUCUUCCAUACUGAUGAAAAGUUAAACUGCAUGAAGUCUGAAGAUAGUGGUUAAUUUUUGGGGGCUAAAAAAAUAAAGUAAACUGCUUUGAAAAAUAUCACGAUCAGUCAAGAUUUGUGUUUCACUGGUGGACUUUCCUUGCACGAAUUGCGUAACUUUAACUUCCAACUCAGUAAUGUCGUUUCUAAAAGGCCAGUUGUCUCAUUGCGAAAAGAAAACGUCUUCUUUGCUAGGCUGUUUUCUAAAACUUUACGAAAAUACUUAGUUCUCAAUUCUCUACUCAGAUUUUUGUUUUAUAUCAGUACGGUCUCAGUUGCCAGUAGCCCAUUCUCACUCUCCACACGCAUUUGUUUUGUGAUCUACCUUCUUAAUUUGAGUGGAAUGAUUUCUGUGAAUGUAUGCAUUAUAUUCGACGGAUGAAUGAAUGAAUGAAUGAAUGAUUGAA